CAAACAACAUAUUCAAAUAUUCAUAUGGUUUCCUAUCUGUUUUUACGCUGGAUAAAACCUACCCCUAAGUGUGAAGAGUUUUUAUUCGAACACAGAGUUCACUUGUUUCUCCGCCAUUGCAGUCAUUUAUCAUAGACGGAAUGAGCACGAACUUCGCGACAAAAAUGGACUAAAAAGUGAACGUGCCGAGUUUGCAAUCAGUGUGAUUCGUGUGGAACCAUGUGCUCAUAGCAGUAAGUAAAAAUACCCAUUUCCUUAGUAAAUAGCAGACGAUAAUGUGAAAAUCAGCCUGAUGCAUUUUUCUGCACUUCCACGUGUGAAUGGAGACGAGGCUGCAAUGACUGCUAUACAGACUGCCAGAAUGUCACAUAUUCAAGGUCACGACCUUCACCAGUCGGUCAUCAAACGACCUUUUGAACCGCUCACCAAGGCCGCGGUGGAAAGGUUCGAUGAAUGUAUUUACAACAAAAUGGACGACGACGAUUUCAGUGACCAUGACUCUCAUUAUUCGGAAGAUCUCGUUGACGACAAUUUUGAUUUUCCUUUGACAAAAGGACCGGAUGUGACGCAACAGUUGUUAAAUUUCGCGGACAUGGUAAAUGCUGAUAUUCAAAAGUUUUUCGGGAAAAAGAAAGACGAGGACUCGUGUGAUAUAUAUGAAGAUAAGUGGGUCACAACCAAAUCGGGAAGAGAACUGUAUUACGCAGACCUCCUACGUAUUGCUCAGGGUGAAAACGUGGAUACCAAAAACACGAAAGAAUUAUUAACUCUUAACAAUGCAUCGCAAGACAAAACAGACAAUAAGCACAAGUUCACAGGGAAAUUGGACUUAAAAAUGGGGCUGGGGCCCCUUGAAGACUUGUUUAGAGUUGGAUUAAAAGAUUUUAUAGCAGAUAAGAAAAAAUCAAAGAAACCGAAGCGCAUUCAAGCAGAUGUCAAGAAAUAUUGUGAUUUGACGCCCAUGAACCAACGUAAGCUGCCUCAAUCCUUCUGGCAGGAGCCCGGGGGAUUGAAUCGAACGCACGCCAGAGUCAAUGGGAAUGGCGUGCCAAUCAUUAACUCCUCUCAGCCUCCGGACUUUAGUGACCUGCUGCAUAGCUGGACGCGGUGUGGGGAGGAGGAGGAAUAUAGCGGAGGAGACGUGUCCUCAAGUGAAAUCAGCGUGGCUUCCACGGAGUCCACCACCAUGGAACAGCUGUAGUCACGUGACGUGACGUCAUCGGAAACAAUGUGCAAAUCUAGUCACUUUUUUCGAUUUAAAAAUAUCAUUUUCACCGAACUUGCCGGAAAACAGGGUAAAAGAUGUGUGCAAUUACAUUCCACCAUCUUAUGUAUGUCUCAUCUGGACAAUGUGUUCUUGACUGUCAAAAUAAAGCAUUGACUUAAAA